GUAUGACUGCCUCCUCUGGUCUGCCUCUGGUCUUUCUUUGCCCUAUCAGUGGUACACAUAGCUGUUUUGUUCCUUGGAGAAUGUGUUCCCUUUCUAAACCUCAAAAAAGUCCACUCGUGUUAUUUUGAUACUCCUCAAAUCUUGCCCAGGACCAUGUUUUCUGUUACCUUCCUAAUAAUCAGCAGGCAUUGGUAACACUGAUGCUACAUGCUGAAUAUAGGAAAUUAGGGAGUAAUUUACAGGACCUCAGAGAUAGCAAUGUCGGGAUUACUCCCAACUCGUGUCCUAGCAGGAGUAGAAAUAGCAAGACCUAUCAGAUGAACAUGUGGUUAGAGAGCUGAUGUACGUGUGAUUAGAGAUUCAGAUUCCUAGGACCGGGAUGGGUUCUGGGCCAACUGGUCCGUUCGCAACUGGGAAGAACCAGGACUGAAUUUCUUAAGGGUGUGAUGUGUUUUUUCUCCUGUAUUCCAGGAAGGCUGAGGGAUAGAAAUGUGAGUAGGAAGGUAAAAAAGGAAGAACCAAGGAAAAAUUAAAAAACAAAAAGGAAGCAAGAGUUAAGGGGCCAUUAUUCAAAAAAGAUUCAACAUGUCAAGACCUACAAGUGUGUCCCCACGACCUGGCAGUGCCCAGUCAAGCCAAACUGCCUCUAAAGCUAAGGGAUUUAAAGAUAUCCGGAUUGAUGAAGAAGUAAAAAUUGCAGUAAAUAUUGCCCUAGAGAGAUUCCGUUACAGCGAUCAAAAAGAAAUGGAAUUUCCAUCCUCUUUAACGAGUACAGAAAGAGCAUUUAUUCAUCGUCUUGCCCAGUCCCUAGGCCUAAUCUCUAAAAGCAAAGGAAAAGGGGCACAUAGAUUUCUUACAAUAAAGAAAAAAGAUGGUUCUGAGAUAGCUCAGGCUGUCAUGACCUGCUCACUGACUCACAGCAUGAAACAUGCCAUACGCAAUCUAAUUCAGAGGUUUCCUGUGACAAAUAAAGAACGCACAGAUCUUUUACCCAGAACUGAACGUGGCAAUGUAUUAACUGUUGAAGCAGAAAACAACCGAGAAAUGAAUAAGACCAGUGGUAGGCUCAACAAUGGCAUUCCUCAAGUUCCACCGAAACGUGCAGAUUCUGAAUUGGAUGCUUUUAGACAUUCUUUGCCUGUUUUUGACAAGCGAGAUGAUAUAGUGAAAAUUAUAAAAGAGAACAGAGUGAUUUUAAUAGUUGGAGAAACCGGCUCUGGAAAGACUACGCAGAUCCCCCAGUUCCUUCUGGAUGAUUGCUACAAGAAUGGAAUACCAUGCCGAAUAUUCUGUACUCAGCCCAGGCGACUUGCGGCUAUUGCUGUGGCAGAAAGAGUUGCUGCAGAGAGGGGUGAGAAGAUUGGGCAGACAAUUGGCUACCAAAUUAGACUGGAAAGCAGGGUUUCCCCAAAGACACUGCUGACUUUUUGCACAAAUGGAGUUCUUCUUCGAACACUAAUGGCUGGAGAUGGCACUUUGGCAGCUGUCACUCACGUGAUAGUAGAUGAAGUGCAUGAGCGAGAUCGGUUUAGUGAUUUUUUAUUAACUAAACUGAGGGAUCUGAUGCAAAAACAUCCAUCACUAAGACUCAUUCUUUCUAGUGCAGCUCUGGAUGUUAAUCUCUUUGUUAGAUACUUUGCUGGCUGUCCUGUAAUUUACAUUCAAGGAAGACCAUUUGAAGUAAAGGAACUCUUUUUAGAGGACAUCUUGCGAACUACUGGCUACACAAACAAAGAGAUGUUGAAAUAUAAAAAGGAGAAACAGCAAGAGGAAAAGCAACAAACAAACUUGAGUGAAUGGUAUAAAGCCAAGGAGACCAGCGGUACCAGCAGAUCAGAAUAUCAAAGACAAAGAUUUAUCCCAAGUCUGACAGCAGAAAAUGAUUUGCUUGAUGAUGGUGGAGACAGUGUAUUUAGUCAGUUGAAUGAGAAAGAUUUUAAUUCUCUUGAGCCUUGGCUCAUAAAGGAAAUGGAUGCCUGUCUGUCUGACAUUUGGCUACACAAAGAUGUUGAUGCUUUCGCUCAAUUGUUUCAUCUUAUUUUAAGUGAGAACGUUAGUGUUGACUACAGGCAUAGUGAAACCAGCGCUACUCCAUUAAUGAUAGCCGCAGGCCGGGGGUUUCUAAGUCAAGUGGAACAACUACUCAGCAUGGGAGCAAAUGCGAAUGUUAAGGCUUCAAAUGGCUGGUUGGCUUUGGAUUGGGCUAAACGAUUUGGUCAAAGUGAGAUUAUAGAUCUUCUGGAAUCAUUCAAUUCUUCAAUAGAAUUGGGGAGUCUUGAUGAGUGUGUCCUGGUGCAAUCAGACUGUGGAGAGCUAAGUCAAGAAGAUAAAGAAAUUCUAAGUGUCUACCACCACAGCUUUGAUGAUGAAAAAGUUGAUCUGGAUCUAAUCAUGCACCUUCUUUACAACAUCUUUCAGAGUUCUGAUGAUGGUGCCGUUUUAAUCUUUUUACCAGGAUAUGAUGAAAUUGUAGGACUCAGAGAUCGCAUUUUGUAUGAUGAUAAAAGAUUUGCAGAUAAUUCUCACAAAUUACAGGUUUUCAUGCUUCAUUCUAACAUGCAGACAUCUGACCAAAAGAAGGUGUUAAAAAACCUACCUACUGGAAUUCGUAAAAUAAUUCUUUCCACAAAUAUUGCAGAGACAAGCAUCACUGUCAAUGAUGUGGUAUUUGUCAUUGAUUCUGGGAAAGUAAAAGAGAAAUCAUUUGAUGCACUGAACUCUGUCACAAUGCUAAAAAUGGUGUGGAUUUCUAAGGCGAGUGCUGUCCAAAGAAAGGGAAGGGCAGGUCGUUGUCGACCAGGAAUUUGUUUUCACCUAUAUAGUAGACUGCGGUUUCAAAAUCUUCUAGAGUUUCAGAUUCCCGAAUUGCUACGAAUGCCACUGCAGGAACUUUGUUUACAUACCAAACUGUUAGCUCCAAUUAAUUGCCCCAUUGCCGACUUCCUUGCAAAAGCACCAGAACCCCCACCAUCACUUAUAGUUAGAAAUGCUGUUCAAAUGCUCAAGACUAUAGAUGCCAUGGACAGCUGGGAAGAUCUGACAGAGCUUGGUUACCACUUGGCAGAUCUUCCUGUGGAACCCCAUCUUGGAAAAAUGGUUCUUUGUGCUGUAGUGUUAAAGUGCCUUGAUCCUAUUCUCACUAUUGCCUGUACUUUGGCUUAUCGAGAUCCAUUUGUCCUGCCAAUGCAACCUUCACAAAAGCGCGCUUCCAUGUUGUGUAGAAAGCGCUUUGCUGCAGGAACAUUUAGUGAUCACAUGGCUCUUUUAAGAGCUUUCCAGGCUUGGCAAAAGGCUCGCAGUGAUGGAUGGGAGAGAGCAUUCUGUGAAAAGAAUUUCCUUUCUCAAGCUACGAUGGAAAUCAUUAUUGGCAUGAGGACACAAUUGUUGGGACAGCUCAGAGCUUCAGGUUUUGUAAGGGCACGAGGUGGCGGUGACAUUCGAGAUGUGAACACAAACUCGGAGAAUUGGGCUGUGGUGAAAGCUGCAUUAGUUGCAGGGAUGUACCCAAAUCUCAUUCACGUUGAUCGAGAGAAUUUAAUGUUGACUGGAUCUAAAGAGAAAAAAGUCAGAUUUCACCCGACCUCAGUUCUUAGCCAACCACAAUACAAGAAGAUUCCACCAACAAAUGGACAAGCUGUGGCUGUUCAAGCACUGCCCACUGACUGGCUUAUUUAUGAUGAAAUGAUGAGAGCACACAGAAUUGCUAAUAUACGGUGCUGUUCUGCUGUGACUCCAAUCUCUGUGGCCUUAUUUGGUGGUCCAGCUAGACUAUCAAGCAGUGCAUUACAAGAGCCAUCGUCCCCUCGAGGUAACACAUACAUAGAUGGCAUUGCCAAUGACAGCAGUGACAGUGAAAUGGAGGACAAAUCCACUUCCAAGAUGGCAACUUUGAAGCUGGAGGAGUGGCUGAACUUUAGAAUAGAUCCAGAAGCAGCUAGUCUUAUCCUGCAGUUACGACAGAAAUGGCAUAGUCUGUUCCUGAGGCGAAUGCGAGCUCCAUCAAAACCUUGGACUCAGGUAGAUGAAGCAACUAUCAGGGCAAUCAUUGGAGUCCUUAGCAGUGAAGAGCAAGCAGCGGGACUACAACAACCAUCAGGGAUUGGACAAAGACCAAGGCCAAUGUCUUCAGAAGAGCUUCCAGUCUCCUCGUCUUGGAGGUCAAACAGUAGGAAGAGCUCAGCAGAAGCAGAGUUUUCUGACGAUUCUUCCAGUGUGGAAUUUAGAGAAAGGGUUCAGUUGAAGCCACAGCAGCAGCAAAGAUAUAAGGAGAGGGGCUUUCUUCAUCCAAAGAGAAGUUCUGAUGACCGAUCAGAUCAGUCAUCAGUUAAAUCGACAGACAGCAGUAACUAUCCCAGUCCCUGUGCCAGUCCAUCUCCACCACCUUCAGGCAAGGGCUCUAAAUCUCCAUCACCAAGACCAAAUGUACCAGUUCGAUUUUUCAUUUUGAAAAGCAGCAACCUACGUAAUCUUGAGAUUUCUCAACAAAAGGGAAUUUGGUCCACCACACCCAGCAAUGAACGAAAACUAAACCGUGCAUUUUGGGAAAGCAGCAUUGUGUAUCUGGUGUUUUCUGUGCAAGGAUCAGGACAUUUUCAGGGAUUUGCCAGAAUGAUCUCUGAGAUAGGGAGGGAAAGAAGCCAGGAAUGGGGUUCGGCCGGAUUAGGAGGAGUCUUCCGAGUUGAAUGGAUAAGAAAGGAAAGCCUUCCUUUCCAAUAUGCCCACCAUCUCCUCAACCCAUGGAAUGAUAAUAAGAAAGUACAAAUAAGCAGAGAUGGACAGUGGAGGGAGUCAGCACAGAACUGUCUUCAAGGCCUUGGAGCGCUCCAGAGAAAUUUCCACAGUUUAAUCAAUGACCAAACCAUUCAUGAGUUAGAGCCACAGGUUGGAGAACAAUUGCUGCAGCUUUGGGAACGCAUUCCCGUAGGAGGAAAACUACCACAGACAGAUAGCAGACUUGGCAUCUUUGGAGAGUGCUAGAGAUUCUUCGAUUCUCUGCAGUUCAUUUUACAGCAACUCUGGAAACUGCAUUUUCUGACACAUUUGACUUUUCAUCACUGAAGAUGUACUGGAAACAAACUCCUAUUCCUCCGAAUAAAAUUUUGAAAACAUGGUGAAGUUCUGUGAGAACAGGUUAUGUUUUAAAAACAGACAAAGGAUUGGUGAGGCAUGAGAGAGAGAUGGAAAGAAAAUGUUGGGUUUAAUAUUUGUCUGAUCUGUAAAAAUUAAGAAAAGCAGUUACAUCUUGUUCCACUGUGUUAUGUGGCUUUCUAAACUGUGAAGAAAUUAUUUCCACAGGAUUAUAUGUGAAAUACUCUUAGACUGCUUUAAGCAAAUAUUCAUUGGGAUCCUUUCCUUACCUAAGUAUUUGUGUUGCUGGCUCAAAUUGGUUGUAAUGUUUCCUUUCGAAAGUAACUCAGUGGAGCUAAUGGCUGAGAUUUGGUUUCAUCUUAGUUAAGUUUUUGGCUUCAUGUUUAAGUUUCAGUUCAAUCUAUCUGGAAAAUAUACCUAUGUAAGCUAUAUUUAAAUUAAACCUUUUGUCGAAUUUAAAUAGUCUUUUAUGUUGCAUUUUACCACAUUGCAACACAAUCACCACCUACCUAGUCACACAUUAACUUUAUUACAACUGAAUUUAUCAAAUAUAAUUGGUACCAGAGAGAAUAUAUUUAUAAAAAAAUAUUGCUUCAUCUGGUGAAACAUGAUGCACAGGGAUUGAAACAGUGGAGGAUUCUUCCUGUUCGGAAAUAUUGAAAGUUAUAUUACCAACAAUAUAAUUUCAAAAUAUUGUGCCAGGAUUAAAGGUUAGCGUUUCUGCAUUACCAUAAGCCAAGGGUCCAGUUAAAAAUUGGAUGUAAAGUUUUAGUUACUAAGAUAUAUAAGAAGAUUGUUAGUUAAGAUGGUAGCCAAAUUGAAAACCAUUAAAUAGAACUUUACGCUUUGAAAUCUGUUUGUGCAGAAAGUAGCUUGCUCUUCAGUGUAUUGAUUGUCUUAAAAGCUUUGGUAAACUUGCAAGAAAGUGUCAAAAUUGUAAUGUUAAUCUAUUAUGUUGUCUGAUGUUUAUCGUUGACCAUAAUGUAAUUUAGUUUGAGUUGUUGGCUUAAUUUUAAACCAUGUUCACAAAUACGUCUGGUAGAUGUGAACUAUUCAGCACUUUGAGGCUUGAAAUCAAAAUUUAAAUACAAACCAGUGAUCUAUUUAUUAAGAUGCGUACAAUGCAGUCUACAUUUUUGGUGGGAAAUGAAUGGUAUGAUUUUUCAUAUGACAUUAAUGAGCAUUUUGUGACAAGUGGAUGCGUCAAUUUCUUUGAAAUAUUCCUCAUAAUAGACUAAUUUUAUGAUCUUGUGUCAUUCCAUUAUAAUCACCAGAAGUGACCGACUUAAAAUUGCCCUUUUGCAGGCCGAAGUCUAUGUGUCCUUGACUGAACAGCUAACCCUUCAGGAAAAAAAGUAAACUUUGUUGUAGUAUUUUAUUAUUCAGCAUUUGUAUAAACAUAAUUCAGGAUUAAAAUGAACAUUUGACUCUUCGUGCUAAAACUUUUACGUAAUGCAGAAAGCAUGAACUGAUUUGUCGAAAUAUUUCAUCAUAUGUUUGUAAAAUGUAAUUUAGCAUCAGGAAAUGUAACAGUAGAUUCUUCAUUAGCUGCUGUUGAAUGGAAGUGCAUCCAUUCACAUGGGGGAAAAAGGUAACAUUUUAACAUGGAUCUAUUCUCAGGUCUCAGAUACCUCAAAUGGUUAAAUCUUCAGCUUAUGCAGAAACCAUAGAAGCAUAAGAAGACAUUGUAUAAUAUUGAAACAGAUGAAUAUAUUGAAUGACAAAAAGAACAACUGUCAUCUCUUUUUGUGAGGUAAUGAGAGCGAUGCUGAGAUCAAGCAGUUUUAAUCUAAUUAAAAAAACAGAUAAAACUUCACAACUAAACUAUGAGUGGUGUGGGGAAAUGGAACUGUUUAUUGUAGCAUGAAGCACACUUAAACUUAGUCAGACUCUCUUGAUGUAACAGUUACAUUUAAUGAACAUACUGUUGUUGCAUUAUCCAGCAAAAUGCUCUUCCAUUUAGUCAGCUGUCAGCCUUGUCUGUAUGACAAAAUAGCUUGUGAUAAGUACAGAAAAAAAUCUUGCAAUCGUCAAAUGAUGAUAUAUAAACAAAAUUAAAGCAACGUUCCGUUCCCACUUGUCAUUGAAUGUGCUAAUUGAAACAUUGUAGACAAUUUAUGCUCAAAAACUUAGUUGUGUAGUAUGCAUUAUAACUCUUGUGAUGGCAGAUGUGGAAAAUAAGUAGAGGCCUUGUUCGAACAGAAAAUUGUACAUAUUGCUGCAGUGUGCAGUUAUUUCUGAAAUUUGACAAUGGAUUUUUUAAAUGAAGGAAUAUAAUUCAAAUAAACUAAUUUGUUUCUAUG